AUGUCGAAAGCAAUCGAAGCCCGAAAGCGCCAAACCAUGUAUCCCAUCCUCGCAGGCAUCACGUUUCUGGGCGCAGGCGUCUACUACCUUUCCAAGCAACCGAAAGAAAAUCUCCCAAGUGUUGAGAUACGUGGCGCCAAUGGAGUUAUCGGAGCAGGAGGUGCCAGUACCGGAAACAUCAGCACAAAACUGCAGAGCACUUUUGGAACCGGCGGAGCGACGGCUGGAGUUGGAGCAGUUGAUGAGACUAAGGACACCCGCGUCGCUAGCAAUCUGACGGGGCUUUACACGAAGCGGGAGGCGGGUAAUCAUGAAGGCAGGGAUUAUCGUAACCCACGAACGCCACGGGGUGAAAACGCGAUGGAGAAAGAAAUUACUGGGGCAACUGGGUCACCAGGGAAAUAA